UAUUGCAUGUUGCAACAUCCACUGUCUGGAAGGCCCAAUUUUCGUAAGAAAAUGGCUAAAUAAUUAAGAAACUUGUCAAUUGUGGUGUCAAAAGAAAAUGUCAAAUCCUUGUUUUCAUUUCUGUCACUGUCAUUCGUCCAUGGAUGGAAGAAUGAUGAUGGAAAUGUUGAAAAUGUGACUUUUGUAAUUAAAAACUUUAAAUUUUAAUUUAAUUUUUUCAGCAAAGUUGGAAAUGGCUCUGCAUAAGUAAUUAAGAGCGUACCAAUUAGAUAUUCUGAACACGUGUUGUUAUCUUAACCUACAAAAUGUCUCUCCCGGUUGCAACUCGUAGUUCUUCUGGACUCAAUUUGUUUUCUGGACCACCAGCGUUUGGAGAUGUUAAAGAAUUUUCACCUCUUCAAACUAAAGUAUGUCGUACCAUGCUCUUUAGCCCAGAUGGGAAAUAUUUCGCUUAUAUUAAUGGACAAACAUUGAAAUUUGUACAAACAGAAAACUGGAAUAAUAGUUCAACUGUUGAAAAUGUUAAAGCAUAUCAUUUGUCAUUCUCCCCAAAAGGUACUUUUUUAAUGAGCUGGGAACCUUUUACAGUUAACAAAGCUAAUCCAGAAGGAAGUCCAAAUUUAAAAAUUUAUAAAUCAGAAAAUGGAGAACUUGUAAAAACUUUUGUCCACAAGAAACAAGCUAAUUGGGAACCACAAUGGAGUGCUGAUGAAAAAUUAUUUUCACGAGUAGUAAAUACUGAUGUUGUGUUUUAUGAAGAUCUUAACUUUGAAAAAAUUGUAGCUAGAAUCAAUAGCUACAAAGUAGCAUCAUACAAAUUAUCUCCCAACAUUGGAGUUUACUUCAUUUUAUGUCAUACACCAGGAAGUCCUGGACAACCAUCAUUUGGAAGGUUAUUUAAGUAUCCUAAUUUUGAAGCUGCCCAGGCUAUUGCAAAUAAAAGCUUUUUCCAAGCUGAUAAAGUAGAGUUUAUCUGGAACUCAAAAGGAAAUAAUGCUCUAAUUCUAACUUCUACAGAAGUUGAUAAAACAGGAGGCUCUUAUUAUGGAAAACAAGGACUGCAUUUUGUUGGAUUAAAUGGCCAAACUUCAAUUAUAACUUUAAGCAAAGAAGGGCCAAUCUACAAUGUACAGUGGUCCCCUAAAAACCAAGAGUUUUCUGUAGUUUAUGGUUUUAUGCCAGCCAAAGCUACUGUUUUCAAUUUGAAAUGUGAACCUAUAUUUGAAUUGGGAUCAGGUCCCAAAAAUUCUAUUUUCUACAAUCCACACGGGAAUAUAUUACUUUUGGGAGGUUUUGGUAAUUUGCGAGGUCAGGUUGAAAUGUGGGACACAGUUAACUGGAAAAAAAUUAGCAGCUGUGAUGCACCUGAUACCACACUGCUACAUUGGGCUGCAGAUGGAGAACAUUUUCUAACAGCAACUACUGCUCCUAGAUUAAGAAUUGCCAAUGGGUUUAAAAUUUGGCAUUACUCUGGAGUCUUGUUGUUUGAAAAAACAUUUAGUGAACCACAAGAACUUUAUGAUGUUGUUUGGAAGAAUUAUCCAAAAGGAACUUUCCAAGAACCUAUCAUUUCUUUGAAGAAGAUUGAAGGUAUUACUCCAAGUCAGCCACAAGCUUCUGUACAAGCUUAUAGACCUCCUUCAGCUCGUAAUCGUCCUGUUGUUAAAUUUACUUUACAUGAUGAUGAGGAAUCUGCUCAUAAACCAGGAAAAGAAGCGGCUCCAUCCAAGGCCAGUUUGAAACAAAAAAAGAAACGUGAAGCCAAGAAGGCAAAGAAAUUGGACGGAGAAGAUGAGUCAAAAGGACCAUCAGUUGUUAGCAGUGUUGCAGUGACAUUGACUGGAGACCCUGAAGUUGAUAAAAAGUUAAAGACAAUUAAAAAGAAACUUGACGCAAUCGAAAAAUUGAAAAUUCAACAGGCAGAAGGAAAACCAUUGGAAAUCAACCAAAUUGAAAAAUUAAAAGGUGAAGCUGAUUUGUUGAAAGAAUUGGAUAGCCUAAAAGUGUGAUUUAUUUUGCAACUUAUUUCAAUUGUUUUAUUUUUUUAUUAUAAAACUUACUGAUUAUAUGUUUGUUAAAAGUUUAAUAUUUUUUUUUUCUAAUAUAAAUUGCUAGC